UCUUGAGUCAUAGGAGUGAGCCACGCCGGGGCUGUGGGAAUAAGAUGGCGGGGAAGAAGAAUGUUCUGUCGUCCCUCGCAGUUUACGCGGAAGAUUCAGAGCCCGAGUCUGAUGGCGAGGCUGGAAUCGAGGCGGUGGGCAGCGCGGCUGAGGAGAAAGGCGGAUUGGUAUCUGAUGCCUAUGGGGAGGAUGACUUUUCUCGUCUAGGGGGUGAUGAAGAUGGUUAUGAAGAAGAAGAGGAUGAGAACAGCAGACAGUCGGAAGAUGACGAUUCAGAGACUGAAAAACCUGAGGCUGAUGACCCAAAGGAGAAGCUCGGCACAGUGACAGAGGCGCCUGGGGCUCAGCAAGCUCAUGGCCCAGCUUGUUGGACUCAGAGGGCAGAAGAAUCACAUUCUAAACAUGACAAGGAUAAUACAGAAGCAGAAAAGCGAGACCCCCAGGAACUCGUGGCCUCCUUUUCUGAAAGAGUUCGGAACAUGUCGCCUGAUGAAAUCAAGAUCCCGCCAGAACCCCCUGGCAGAUGUUCAAAUCACUUGCAAGACAAGAUCCAGAAGCUCUAUGAACGAAAGAUAAAGGAGGGAAUGGAUAUGAACUACAUUAUCCAAAGGAAGAAAGAAUUUCGGAACCCUAGCAUCUACGAGAAGCUGAUCCAGUUCUGUGCCAUUGACGAGCUUGGCACCAACUACCCAAAGGAUAUGUUUGAUCCCCAUGGCUGGUCUGAGGACUCCUACUAUGAGGCAUUAGCCAAGGCCCAGAAGAUUGAGAUGGACAAAUUGGAAAAGGCCAAAAAGGAGCGAACGAAAAUUGAGUUUGUGACGGGCACCAAGAAAGGCACCACGACCAACGCCACAUCCACCACCACUACCACCGCCAGCACAGCUGUUGCAGAUGCUCAGAAGAGAAAGAGCAAGUGGGACUCGGCUAUCCCAGUGACAACGAUAGCCCAGCCCACCAUCCUCACCACCACGGCCACCCUGCCAGCUGUCGUCACAGUCACCACCAGCGCCAGUGGCUCCAAGACCACCGUCAUCUCUGCUGUGGGCACCAUUGUGAAGAAGGCCAAGCAGUGACCUGAGGGGCCACCCUAGGACUUGAAAGGACCGUGCAGCCCAGUGACCACUGCCCAGUGGGAGGCGCCACUUUGUAUAUUUUCAGGACUGGGACCUGCUCCCCAGAUGCCACCUGAGAGGAGCUUCUGUGUGGCAUUCCAGACAGAAGGACAGGCAGCGCGGGAGCCAGGCGCUGUGGACAGGGUCUGUCCACGCACCACCUGGGGUCUGCCGCCUAUUAAAAGUGCCGUAUUCUUA